AUGUUGCCGCUGGACCCCGAUGAGACGAGCCCGAAGCAACAGGGACAGGCAACGCCGGGCAAGUCAGGACACGGGGCACGCCGGGCAGUCGGGACAAGCACGCAGUCGGGACAAGGCACGCCCGGCAGUCAGGACAAGCACGCAAUCCGUCAGGACAAGGCAAAGUCAGCCACGGGGCAGUCGGACAAUAGGCCACGCCGGGCAGUCGGACAAGGCACGCCCGGCAUCAGGAACAUAGGCAUCAGGACAAGGCACGCCGGCAAGUCAGGAACAAGCACGCCGCAGUCAGACAAGGCACCCGGGCAAGUCAGGACAAGGCACCCGGGCAGUCGGGACAAGGCACGCCGGGAAGUCAGGACAAGGCAACGCCGGCAGUCGAAAGGCAACGCGGGGCAGUCAGGACAGAGGCACGCCCGGCAGUCAGGACAAGGCACGCCGUGGCAGUCAGGGAACAAAGGCAACGCCCGGCAGUCCAGACAAGGCACGCACGGCAGUCAGGACAAGGCACGCCGGGCAGUCAGGACAAAGGCACCGCCGGGCAGUCAGACAAGCACGCCGGGCAGUCGGGACAAGGCAAUGACAGUUUCAGACAAGCACGUCGGACAGUCAGGACAAGGCCACGCCGGGCAAGUCAGGACAAGGCCACGCCGGGCAGUCAGGACAAGGCACGCCGGGCAGUCAGGAACAAGGCACGCCGGGGCAGUUCAGGACAAGGCACGCCGGGCCAGUCGGACAAGGGCACGGCCGGGCAUCAGGACAAGGCACGCCGGGCAGUCCUGGACAAGCACGCAGUCCGCGGGCCAGCCGCAUCCAGGACAAGGCACGCCGGCAAGUCAGUCAGGAAGCCGGGCAAGUCGGACAAGGCACGCCGGGCAGAUCGGGACAAGGCACCCGGGCAGUCAGCGACAAAGGCAACGCCGGGGCGAGUCAGGACAAGGACGCCGGGGCAAGUCAGGAACAAGCACCCGGGCAGUCAGGACAAGGCACGCCGGCAGUCAGGACGCCGGGCAGUCAGGGACAAGGCACGCCGGCAGUCAGGUACGGCACGCCGGGCAGUUCAGGACAGGCAGCGGGCAGUCACUGCCGGGCAGUCGGGACAAGGCACGCCGGGCAGUCGGGACAAGGCACGCCGGGCAGUCAGGUCAAGGAGCGCGGACAUUCGCGCACCCUUGGUAA